AUGGCGAACACGCUCGAGGAGUGGUACGCGAGCGUGCCGACGGUGACGCGCAUGUACCUCACGCUGACGUUCGCCGUCACCGUGGGCUGCGCGCUCGAGUUGAUCUCGCCGCUGAACGUGUACUUCAACAGUAAGCUGAUAUUUCAAGAGUACGAGCUGUGGCGGUUGGUGACGAAUUUCUUCUUCUUCGGCUCGCUCGGCGUCGACUUCGUGUUUCACAUGUUCUUCCUGAGCCGGUACUGUCGAAUGCUCGAGGAAGGGUCGUUUCAGGGACGGUCGUGCGAUUUCUUUUACAUGCUGCUGUUCGGGGGGACGCUGUUGACGGCGUUCGCGCCGUUCGUCAACGUGCAAUUUUUGGGGACGAGCCUGACGUUUAUGAUGGUGUACGUGUGGGGACGGAGAAACGCGGCGACGCAGAUGUCGUUUUUGGGGUUGUUCAACUUCACGGCGCCGUAUUUACCGUGGGUGUUGCUGAUUUUUUCCACCUUGAUCGGAUCGCAGCCGAUCACGGAUGCGCUAGGAAUGAUCGCCGGACACGCGUAUUACUUUUUGAAGGACGUGUAUCCGGAGAUGACGGGGAGGGAGCCGUUGAAAACGCCCGCAAUCGUGUGCGCUUUGUUCGGUACGCGGCAGAGAUUAGUCGACACGGAUGGGGUGCAAACGCGUGCGGCGCGACGCGCGCGGCGCGACGCGGGGGCGGCUGUCGAGGGAGCCGCUGGGGCGCCGCGAGACUUGAACGAGUAA